AUGGUGCCUGUGGGGGAGGACCAGCGGCAGCACGUAGAGUUGGUCGGCUAUGUUUCCCGUGCCUUCAAUGAGGCAUUCUGUUGUGAUUUGUUCGCCAGUGAUUUCUCCAUCGGGAUAUACUCCUCCGCCAAGAUUAUGAGUCUCCGAAAUCCUUCUGUCAAAAUGAGCAAAUCCGCGGACCAUCCAAAGGCCACUUUGUCUCUCUUUGAGGACCCUGCGGACAUUUUUGACAAAAUCAGACAUUCCUUGACUGACUCGGCCAGCAACUAUAUAAGCUAUGACGUGGAAUCAAGGCCGGGAUUGGCCAAUUUGAUUGACAUUUACUCCAACGUGGUCGGCAGGCCGGUUGCCCGAAUAGUGGAGGAGUGUGGGGGAAUCGGCAUAGUUCAGUUUAAAAAGAACAUGGCCGAGGAGUUGGUGGAGGCCUUGAAGCCUUUCCGAGAACGUUUUCACUACUUGAUGGGGCAUAAGGAUCAUUUGGAGGCUGUUUUAGAAGCUGGGAAUGAGAAGGCUCGUCAGGUCGCGCAGGACACGAUGGAUCGAGUCAGAUUUAAUGUCGGUCUUUAA